AUGAUGGAGAACGAACCCCCCGCCAUUUCUGUGCAGGAUGAUGGCAAGGGAUCAAAAAGGGGUCGAAUUAUGGGGAAGCUCUUUGGACGCGACCGAGAUCGAGACCGAAAGGGGUCACAGGGUGCCGCUGAUUCUCGUGACCUAAACGACUUCUUCCAUGGUCCUGGCGACACAUUACAAGUCACCCAUGCGGCACCUCCCAUGCUCGCGAAACUCGACACCAAGAGCAUUUCGCGAUACACCAAUGCGCUUCAGGUUCAGGGGACCGGAAGCAACAACUCGCAACAAUCCCUUUCCAUACGAUCCCAAAAUGGUAGUCCCAAGAAAAGCAAAUCUAACAGAAGGGGAUUGGUUCUUAGAUUUGCAGAAACACCCCCUGAGGUUAUGGGCGAGGGUGGUGACAUCUGCGAAGUACCAACCAUCGAGAUCUCGAAACGUCGCAGAGCAAGGCCGCCACCUUCUCCGAUUCCUCCUCGUCAUACCGAUCUCGGUAACAGUCCAAGAUUGCCGAUCCGAGAAGCUCAACCAAGCCCGGGGACGUUUGACCCAGCACCUCUCCGACGCACCCAGACAGGUUUCUCCACGACCUCGGAUUCCCCCGACUCAGAUAUGUCUGCUUCGAGAAACCCAUCCGCUCGGCUCCUGGCAAAUCCCAUGGUGGAUCAUGACGAGAGGCGGAGGUCAUUCAUAGAAAUUCAGCAGGCUGAAAUGCGGGAAGCCGAAGGACAGGCGUUUGUCAAGGCGGUUAGAGCUGCUUCUGGUGACAAGUCCAAGUGGGACGAAGCAGAGGCUGCACCACCUACACCACCAGAGCCAGAGCCCGGAUCGGCCAUGACUGCGUCACCAGAGCCCAUUCAAACACCCCGAUUCCCACCACAGCCGUCGCCAAACCCUCCAACCUCAGCACCACCGCCAAUUCCAGCCAAAAGACAACGACCUCAUCCAUCUCCUAUUCCGCCACCACCGCCAGAGCAUGCCCCACCGCCAUACACACCGUCAAUGCCACAAACAAACUCGCCAGAGAGACUAAAACAUGCAGCAAGACAACAUGCGCAUAGUCCUGUGUCCGCAGUCUCGGCAAUCUCAGCAGCCUCGAGCUUCCAUCAUCCAUUUGCAGCGAGGCAAGGAAGCAAAUUGGGAGAUCACGCGUUGCCAGUCACUCCUCUAAUGGGGGGCUCUAGCUUCCAAGAUGUUGUGUCAGCAGCAGCCGACGAUGCCAUGAACACGUUUGUGGAGCGCACUCGUCACCUCUUUGAACUGUUCCGGUUACACGCAGAAAGUGUACGGCCAUUGCUCGCCUGUACGCCGAAUGAACUCGCCAGGGCGUCUCUUUGGUGGUUUUUGACUGGUAGAAUGGCCCUUGAGAAUGCCAUUCGAGACCGACCCUCGACCCCGGAAUCUCAGAUGAAGAAUGAAAUCUGUAAACAACAGGCUUAUACCGACUUGGCGAAGGGAUACUGGCUGUUGGAGGAAAUCAUGCCUGAGAUUGUCAACAGCGGGCGUAGUCCAGUUGACAGGGAAGCGGAGGACGUGCGUGCCACUCUUGCGUCGAGCCUUCGGAAGCUGUCGGUGUCAAUGAAGCGAAAUGGUUUCCUGCCGCCAGAAGAGCCCUUUCUACCACAAACCCUCGAUCGAACCAUUUGGUUGGAAUAUCCUCAGUUGCCAGGCGAUCUCAAGUCCAUGCUUUGGGGGUCAUCCAGCUUGGCUCUCUCACAAAAUCAGCUGGCCAGCUCUGGCAUGAGCAUCCUUGAAACGCUACCACUGGGCGACUCUCCCUCUGCAUUCUGCUUUGGCCGGUUCCAAGUCAGUCUCUUCUUGAUGGAGAAAGGACGAGAAGCGCAGCGCAUUCAUCUGCCAUGUUUCAUAUCGAUUGUCAGACCCCAAUCGCAGCCUGAUAUUCUGUUUGUGGCCGCAAGCCAGAAUGGAGCUGUUCAGCUACGGAUCUCUGGCAACAAGAGCACCGGACCGGUAUGGGAAGAUGUUCGUUGGCGUUCAGACAGCUGCACUUUGGAAGUCGCCAUGCCACGAGGCUUUAUUGUUAUGAUACAGUGCUCUCAACCAGCCUUCCAGACCCUGCGAAGCAUGUACGAGUUCAGUAACAAAGUACAUUCCACCCUGUACCCGAAGCAAGACGAAGCUUGCGUCUUCAGAUCAACCCUCCGGUCUUUUCAGUACUUCGAUAACGACCCGCAGGCCAGACAGUUUCCGAAAGAGCCGGCUCCAAACUGCGAGAUUGCCAUGUUUGAGAGGUUGCAUAAAGAAGGCGCGGCAACCGGUCCUCGCACAUAUCACAGAGGUUUCCGGAUAGCAGUCAUCACAGGUCCAAGGACGAAGACUCUCAGUGGCGUCAACCAGCUGUACAGCCCUGAGGCACCUAUUCGGUUUGGAUUCUUACGCAGCGACAACAACGAGCCCUCGCUUUCCCUGCGUUUCGAGAAUGGUCGUCUUAAAGGGAGCAUGGUCAUGUCUUUUGCUGACGAAAAGGAAAGAGUCCGGAUGCACACACUACUCAUUGGGACUGCACUGCAUCGGGAGGAGUCGAUAUUCUGCGAGUCUCCGCUGAAGGGAGCUUGGAUCUCGGAGAGGUUUGGCGAUUCUCAAGAUGGAGGACUAACGGCACUUUCCAACCUCAACUGGAACAAAGUCAGGGUCAUCAACCAGGACACAGACGGUGACCGGGCUGCGCACUGUGUGUUGUCUGAUAAGCUGCGGGUCAUCUUUGAGUUCAAGGACGGAACGAUGACUGAUCGGAUUAACGUCGCGCCAGGGGAGCUUAAGAUGCGCCUUGACGUACAGAAUCCGAGCUGUAUGAUGGUCUUCCGUCAACCGCAGGCGGACAUUACGCUCGCCGUGACAGAGGCGAAUGUCUCCUCUGAAUCGGCCCAACGGCUGGCCAGGGCUCUGGAUACCAUCAAGCAAAGGCCAACCAUCAGAACCAUCAUGUUUCCAAAGAUGGAAGACCUACACACCUUUGAGAUGGCUAUCACUGGGUUCAAGGUGCUUUUUGAUGGGAUUGCGGCAACAUUUGCCAUCUCGCGCAGACGAAUGGUGGUGCCUAUCCACAAGAAGUGGGAGGCCAGUGCUACUCGGAUCCAGGUGGUGCAGCAAGAAGGAAUCACGCAGAUUCUUGCCUUCUUUUCGGAUUUUUCUCAUGGACAAUGCAUGGGCUUCAGCUUGAAGGGAACAGAUGUGUUUGAAUCUUUUGGAAAGCAGGGGAAGGCCGGGCUCAAGAUUGUGGAUGCCAAGUUCCCGCUGCCGAAGGUGCUGCAGGCUGGGAUGGAUGGAGCGCAGGACGCGGCGGAUGCAGCGUUUUUGUGUUUGGACUUACCUGAGCUGCCCGGGGAGCAUGAUGAUAUUUCGAUCGUGUUUGAGGAUGAGGCUGAACGUGAUAAACUUGCUGCAUGCUUGCCUGCACCAGUCAAGGGUGGCUCUAGGCUGAUCCCAAAGAUGAAGGGGUCGAAGGAGUAA